CAUUAGCUUUUGAUCAAUAAUGAAAGUUUCAGUAAUUUCUGUUAAUAUGGUAUCAGAGCUCUGACAAAGAGCUCUGGUAUUCAUCUGAACUUCUUGUUUCUUGUUCGUUUAUGUUCUUUCUUUCUUCCCUCAAUUGAUUUUUUUCUUUUCCAUUUACAAAAUGGCAAAUGUUCUUCCAGAUCAUUUGACAAACCUAGGAAAUCCAUAUUUCCUUCAUUCAGGUGAAAAUCAUGGAUUGAUUCUUGUUUCAACUCUUUUUGAUGGAAAGAAUUAUUACUCAUGGUCUCGUGCUAUGAAGAUGGCACUUCAUUCAAAGAAUAAAUUGUGUUUUGUUGAUGGUACAAUACCAAUUCCUAAUCCCAUAGAUGCAAUGUAUGAUACAUGGCAGAGAUGUAAUAUGAUGGUUCUGUCGUGGAUUCAUCGUUCAAUAAAUACAAAUAUUCUGCAAUCAGUCUUAUGGACAGAAAAUGCAAUAGAUGCAUGGAAUGAUCUUCAUCAAAGAUUUUCACAAGCAGAUGCAUUCAGAAUUUCAGAUCUUCGGGAGGAAAUCUAUCGCAUUCAUCAAGAGCCGAGCGGGUAUCUGGUAUUGGAAGAGGGCACCAGAACCACCUGAGAUCCCACUCCACCACGAUGCUGAGAUGGAGGAUGCACCUGCAGGCCUUGAUGAUGAUGACGAAGAUGAUGUUGCUGCUGUUGAUCCCACUCCUGCACGUCCCACUCGCAUCCGGCGACCACCAGCUCCUCCAUCUCUUGAGGGUGGAUGGACAGCUCCUGAGGGAGGAUGGACACUUGAUCAUGUGAUGUCCUCCAUGUAUACCCUGACAUGUGGCCUUGACUCCUUGACCACUGAGUUUAGGGGCUAUAGACAGAGCACAAGCAAGUGACGAACAACGACCGAAAGUAGGGUGACAUGCUUGGAGGCUGGAAGCCAAGGGGGUCAUCACACUGGUGAGGAGGCUAAUGUUGCUGGUGAGGAUGACGAUGAUGAGGACGAGGACGAUGAUGGGGAGGAUACGCAAUCGGAUUCCAGGCAGUAGGGUUUAGGGUGACAUGGCGGGGGUAGAUUUGCCUUGAUGUAUUUUGUGUUUGUUAGGCAACCACCUUGGAUUAUUGUGUAUGUAUGCAGCCCAUUUUUUGUGAUAUUGGGUUUUAUCUCAUGAUGUAAUCAUGUCUUUUUUGAAAUAUAUGAAGAA